ACGGACAUGACGGCGUUGCAGCGGUCUAGCGCAAUAUGUUGUUCCCGUGCUGGACGACUGACUGAUGAUAACCGCGUGAUAAUUUUGUCAUUUCCCCCCCUGAAAUGAAAGUGAUUCAUCUUCUCGGGACUAUGUGCCUCACACCUCCAACCGGAUUCAUCCGCCCGGAUCGCAGCACUUGGAAGAGAUAUAGGCUCAAUCAACUCAUUAGCUGCUGCCAGGAUUUCAGGCCUGAACCAGCCAUCGUAACAACAAAAUCUGCAAGUUUUGGUUGUGCUGGUAUUGAGCAUGUCAUCAGCAACAAUCUCGGUAUCAUCAUGACAUCAUCUCUUGGAUUAACAGCAUCCCGUUUAACUACCGGCUGAGCUACGAAUUUCUUCCCCUUUCUCUAAGUGUCCUCGUGUACGCCCAUGUGAGUGUGGGUGUAUUCACGAGGACCUCCUUUCGUGCUUCGUCGUGUAUUUGACUUUUCUACUGAUGGAGAACUUGUGGAUGGAUACCUGGCCGUAUUUUCCAAGGCAUAAAGGUCGCCGAUCUCAUCAUCGGAACCCUUUCUCAUGUGGCUGAAAGUCCUCCUGCUCUGCUACUACUCUUGGCCAUCAACUUGUGUGCUCUUCAAGCUGCUGCUGCUGCCGCCGCCGAAUAUCGAAUAAGCAGCGCUCGGGUCCAAUAAAAACCCCAAAAACCGUCCGGGCUCCUUAUUUCUCCUCGUUUGGAUUAUUUUGGGUUUUUUUUCUCCCUACCCGAUGAUGACCAAUAAUAAAAGAAAACCAAAAGGGGAAGGCGACAAACAGAAGAAGAACAUCUCGACUCUCUCGGGCGUGCGGAAAAAUGCCCGACGCAUCAACGGCUCAUUUCAAAAUUACUUCACCACACCGGCUAAAGUUGGCAUCGUGUCAAUUUGCCGAGUUCAAAUGGUACAGCGGUCGUCAUGGCGAAAUCGAUAAAGGAAAUCGCAACGUAAAGUUUUAGGUGGGGAAACAGGUGAAGAGGACGACGAGCUGAGUAGCGACUCCACCCGAAUGAUCAGCAUGGACGUGAACGGCCCUGGUGGCAUGGGUCCGCAGGGCUCGCAGCAGCAGCAGCAGCAGAUGCAUCAGAACGCGCAAAUGAUGCACAUGUCAUCGGGAGGCAGCGGAAGUGGAGACGAUUCCAAGAAAAAAAUGUACCAUUCUUCUGGAACAGGUCACGGCGGCGUCAACCAGUUGGGUGGCGUCUUCGUGAAUGGCCGCCCAUUGCCCGACGUUGUUCGCCAACGGAUCGUCGAACUCGCCCACAACGGAGUCCGGCCCUGCGACAUUUCCCGCCAGCUACGAGUCUCCCACGGCUGCGUCUCCAAGAUACUAUCCAGAUACUACGAAACUGGCAGCUUCAAGGCGGGCGUGAUUGGCGGGAGCAAACCCAAGGUGGCCACGCCCCACGUCGUCGACGCCAUCGCCGACUACAAGAGAGAGAAUCCCACCAUGUUCGCCUGGGAGAUACGAGACCGGCUCCUGGCCGAAGGCAUUUGCAACCAGGAGAAUGUUCCCAGCGUCAGCUCCAUUAACAGGAUUGUGAGGAAUAAAGCGGCGGAGAAGGCCAAAUCGGUCAGCCACCAUGGACAUGGUGGACACGGUCACGGACACGGAGGUCACGGGGGUCACGGCGGCAACAGCGGAGGAGGCAGCAAUAGCGGGCCGGUUAGCCCAGUCUCGUCUCAAACGGCCUCAGUCAUCACUCACGGAUCGACGGCCUCGACUGGCAACAACCAACAUCAGCAGCAACAACAACAGCAGCAACAUGCCAUGCAACAACAGCAGCAUGUCUUACCGCCGCACGACUCGCCUCACCAGCGGCCCGGCUCCUACAGCAUCAACGGAAUCCUUGGAAUCCCGCAGACGGACCCCAACGGCAACAUCAAACGGAAGCGAGACGAUCACGACGAUAUCCGCGAGCUCAAUGGCCACGCCAACCAAGACGACGAGAUCAAACGCCAGCGGCUGCACUACGGAAGCGAUCAACUCUACAGCAUGUGGCCGACCAAGUGGGGCUCAAGUCUCAAGGACGACAAACUCCUGCCGGACAUUGGCAGCGUGACGGGAGUGGUUAGCUCACCGACAGGCAAUAACGUCGGCGGAUCGCCUUACUCUCUGCCCAGUUUCGUGUCGGAUCAUCAGCAGCAACAGCAACAUCAACAGCAACACGGCGGCGUGGGACAGCAGCAGACGGGCAACGUGACUGGCAGCGGCCAAAACCAGAACGGCGCCGGCAAUAACGGCGGACCUGGCAACAACCCCAACGCCUUCAACGGCGCCGUGACGUCGAGCAGUUCGGGCGAUCCUCUCUAUGACACCAUCAGCACGAUGACGCAAGCUCAGAGCACGUCCAUCUACACUCCACCGCUGGGCACAUCACUCGGCAGUGGCUCUUUGACACCUUUGACGCCCAUCAGCAUGCAGGACAUAAAGGCUCACAUGCUGACGCCCAACGGCGUCGACACGUCGCUCCAGUACCAACAAGACGGCAUCGGUGGUCUUUCGGUCUGCACUGCAGGUACUGGCGGGUACGCUAGUUCUGGGCUUGCUGGGCCAGUCGGGCUCGGUGGUGGCGCUGGGCACCACCACCACCUGCUGGCUCACAACUCUUCCCCGUUGCCGGGCAGCACUUGCCUGAUCCAGCAUCAACAACAGCACCAAUGCACGACGACUACGACAGGCUCAUCGUCAAUGUCGGACGACGGCCACAAUGGCCACCAUCACAUGGACAUGGACAUGGAUCAAGCGGCCUCUCACGGCUUUUGUGCCGCCGUCUACCGGACGAUGGCACAGACGCCGAUCGAGUCGCCUCCCCAGCACCACCAACACCAUCACCACAACAACAACAAUCACCACCACCACCACAACCUGCAGCAGAGCAUCGGCGAGCACGAGGAGCAGGAGAAGGCGGGACGGACUCUCUUGUCCUCGCCUCCUCCGGCUGCCUCCGCCCCGAUUGCCUCCUCCCGUUCCGCCUCCGCUCUCACGCUGCUCCAGCCCAUUGCGGCGGCCGUGGCAGCGGCGGCGGCGGCGUCUUACACUUUACCCAGUCUCAUGGCACCUUACCCAACCACCACAGCUGCAGUGGGUGGAGGCGGCGUCGGUGUAGGCGGUGGAGUCAUGCCCGGUUCCGAGUAUUCCUACACGUCACAUCACUACAGCCAGUACGCUCCGUCGCCCUACGGCAGCUACGGAUACAGCGCCGGCACCGGAGGACUCCUCACCAAGUGACCUGACAUGCCGACAUACGAUCCAACAUCCGGACCGUUGUAAGAUUGGCCCCCAAGUCCAAUCGAAUUCAAAUCUAGAAGCGGUUGCUUGUUAUUUUUGUUCCGACUCGGGAAAAAAAAGCAAAGCGAAAUCUGGCAGUCUAAACCCCAAAGUUCAACUUAAAUCACCUAAAUCCAGUUACAUCCUUAAUUGACAAAGAAAGCUCCUGUAUAACCCCCUCCCCCCAACCACAAAAGCCAAUGUCCUUUCCCGUUUUUUCGUUUUUUUUUUGUGCGUGUACAACAAACCCUCUAUAAGAUAAAGACAAAAAAAAAGGAAUGAAGUGAUUGAUGGCCUGAUGACGUAAUUUUCACUGGAUCAAGUGAAGUGACAAUCACGCGUCGUCAAUCACAUCUGGAAAAAAAACGGCGUCGGUUUUGUAGUUUUUCGACGCGUCCCCUAGUCCCCACCGAGCUGAGCCUUAAAAUAUGAUGUCUAUCACACACACACACACACACAUAUACACACACACCUGAUGAUUGUCGUCAAUUUCUGAUGGAGAAAUCACCACGAUUUUUUAAAUCAUGUCAUUCAUUUCGUGAGAUUCGCAACCGCAAAUUUCUAAAUUCAUCCACACGAUUCAAACCCAACAAAUUAGUUUCAUUUCAAGUGAAUGAGGUCCGGCGAUCUCAAAAAAUUUAAGCAAAAGAAAGAAAAUAAAAACCUCUAGGAGAUUAAAUGCUGAUGGAUUUUUUAAAUUGUAAAAUGGGGAAAAAGGGAUUGGAGCAGGAAAGGGUUUUGAUCACGUUCAUCGUCAUUGAGUUUGUUUUUAUCGGGAUCGGAAGAAAUCGUCUCUUUGUUUGUGAGCAUGCAAAAAAAAAUGUGUACGUGUGCGAGUUGUGUUUGUUUCACGGAUCGUGCGGGAGAUUGGUGGACGGGAUAGUAAAAAAAUGUCGUUCAACGGAUCUCGAAAAUUCAGUUUCUUUUCCCCUUUUAGUUUUAUUAUGUUAUUUGACCCUCCUUCUUUUGAUUUAUUCGUUGAAUUGUGGAGAUAAGGCAUCUCUCUUUCGACACUAUUAUCACCUUUUCUUUGGGUUUUUUCUUAUUUUUCUCGAUUGUUUUGAUACCAAAGAGGUCGUUUGCAAUAUCUCCCCCCCCCUAAAUUUUGUAUACAUCUCUCUAAUAGGCUUCAAGUUUUUAUAUUGUGCAUAAUCAUUUUUUAAACACCUUUUUUUCAUCGGCUCUCCUUUAUUUAGAUAUACAUACUAUAUUAUACAUAAACAUAAGAAUUAAUUCUAAUUUGAUGAAAAUGACAAAAAAAUUACUAUAGAAAUCA